CUGUUCCUAUUACCGACACCUCCUUACUAUACCCAUUACCUACGCGACACCUAUCAACAGACAAAAUAGUGGCCUCCCCCCAUGGGAGAGCUCACUUUGUAAUUGUUUCGUCGGAAUAUUGGCACUUCGAUUUUCUCUGCUCCAGUUGAUUUCUCCGAAUUCCCUCAAUCCUACACGACUCAUACAUCAACAUUCUUAAAGAUGGCGUACGCUAGUAGCAACUUAGAGGAGGCGGGUAAUGCUCCGGCGAUCCCCAACACCAUAGUACGAAACAGACUUCCUACGCUUUUCGAAGUACUAUGUCGCCUUACGCAUCCUCCGGUCGAUUUAUUCUCGUUCUAUAUUUACAUGCGAGAUCAACAACGAUCUGUUGAUUAUCUUGACUUCUGGCUCGACGUUGCGCAACACAUGUCACUUUGCCGACACUACGUCCGAGAACUUCGACGAUCUGUUCUAGUAGGAACACCUGACCUAGAGACAGAGGAAUCUAAGCGAUCAUCUCGAGUUUUGGACGCAAUGGGCGACAUGUCUUAUUCUCACUCUGGACCGGCGCGAUUUGGAGUUCAAGGAGAGAAGGAUCGGGAUGCACAGGUGUCUAACUUCCUACGAGAGCAACCGAACCAAGAUUCUCCGGCUAGCAGCCAAGAACGAAGAGCUCGCGCCAGCACUCAGCUUAGCUCUAGCACGCCGCAUCAGAUUACCGACUCGAACUCCCCGGAGCAUGCCGUAGCCAGACAGGAUAUUCGGGCAUCCGCAGAGAAGAUCCUUUACACUUUCUUACUCCCUGGUUCCGAACGUGAGAUUACUCUCGAUGGCUCUAUUGCGGCGGAUAUCACUAGAGAAAUCGAGGAGAACAACCGUGAUGACCCCGAACUAUUCGAUGUCGCGAAGGACUACGUAUUCCAAGCAAUGGAACGAGAUGCUUUUCCUGGCUUCCUACGCGCCCGCGCCUUCGGAAACUUGAUUCCUCCCACCCUUGUUGCGCGAUUAAUCAUCGGUCUCGUCGCUCUAUUCGGUGCUUUCUGGACUGGCUUCAACUUAAUCUUCCUUGACCGUUCUCGCCUAGAUCGAUGCUGGGAAAUUUUACCCUUUACUAUCGGUGUAUACUUCCUCGCCUCGUAUCAGUACUCUCUAGACCCUAUCAUGGCACUUGUCGGCUAUACCGAAUUGACACCCUUCGAGUUCACUCGUAUCCGGGAGCCGUACGUCCGCAAGCUGCUCAUCAGACGAUCACUCAUGGUACUAGCUGUGACGGCAAUAGUUGAUGCAGCACUCUGUGUGUUGUUCAUCCUAGUACCCGGCCACAGACUAUAAGCAAAAAAGCAAAACACCACUUGUAUUUUUCACCAUGAUUUUUCAUCUGCACUGCGGUUUUCCAAUUUACGACGUCAUGACCAUUUUCAAUUUCCCC